CUAUAUCGACGACGGACUACAACGACAAUACAAUGGCGAUGGAGAGAUCGCGCAAGAGCGACGGAGAGAGAUCGCGCAGUGAUGGAGAGAGAUGGCGCAGCGAUGGAGAGAGAUCGUGCAACGAUGGAGAGUGAUCACACAGCGAUGGAGAGAGAUCGCCCAACGAUGGAGAGAAAUCGUGCAGCGAUGGAGAGCAAUCGUUCAACGAUGGAGAAGAGAUCACGAACGAUGGAAAGAGUCCGCGAUGGAGAAAGAUGGCGCCGCGAUGAAGAUAAAUCAUGUAGGAGCGAUGGAAAGAGAUGGCGCACCAAUGGAGAUAUAUGUAGAAAGAUGGCACACCGAUGGAGAGCGAUGGCACACUGAUGGAGAUAGAUGGCGCAACGAUGAGAAAGAUGGUGCAGCGAUGGAAGGGAUAACAAUGGUCAGCGUUGUGAUGGCCAGCGUUGUGAUGGGAGUGAUAGCAAAAGCGAUUGCCAGCGCUGCGAUGGAGGAUAUAGCUAUGCGCAGCGAUGGCGAUGAGCUAAGCGCAUCAAUGGUGAUGGCGAUGGCGAGCGCUGGAAUGGAUGCGAUUUCGUUCGCAAGCGCAGCGAUGGGAGCGCUGGAGCAAUUGUGGGUGUUCGAUAUCCACCGCCAUUGACAUUUGCAAAAUGUUACAAUGACUGCGAUACCAUAAUUUAUCAGUUUCCAGUGUUCACCUCAGUGCACAACGAACCGCCGCGCAGGCUUUUCGGGAGCGUUCGGAUUUGUGCCUCGACGUACAACGGACCGUCGCGCCUGGCCUUGGCGAGCAACGAACCGUUGUGCUGGGAUUACUGCGCCUGACCUCCGGGGGGUAACAAAGCUCCACUUUGUAC